CGCACGCUUAAGUCGCGAUUUAGUUGGUCGCAGAGAAGAAAACAGAAUUUUUUCCAACUCUUGCUUAAAGGAGCACAUAUCGUACUAUUUUUUUUUUUAUGUAAAUCUAGUUGUAAAUCAAAGAUACAAAAUGAAAUUAUUUUUAUGUGCCAUUGCUGUGAUGCUUUGUGUGGCGGCGACAAUCGCCGCUGUCGACUUUGAGUGCCCCAAACCCACUGGCCAAUUCGCCGACGAAGAGCAAUGCGACAAAUAUUAUGAAUGCGUGGACGGUGUGGCCAAAGCAAAACUUUGCCCCGAUGGCCUUGUCUUCGAUCCAUUGAAUCGCAAGAUCAACAAAUGCGAUCAGCCCUUCAAUGUGGACUGCGAGGAUCGCACGCUCUUGCAGGAGCCCAAGUCCACUAAGUAUUGUCCGCGCAAAAAUGGUUUCUUUGCUCAUCCGGAGCCGAAUAUUUGCAACAUCUUUUACAACUGCAUUGAGGGCGAUGCUUUGGAAAUGAAGUGUACCGUUGGCCUGCACUUCGACGAGUAUUCCGGCACCUGUGUCUGGCCGGAUACGGCCAAGCGUGAGGGCUGCGAUGAUCCAGAGAAAAAAACUGAGAGCGGCUUCUCGUGCCCCAAGAAUCAGCCAAAAAUGGAUGCGAACGGCCAGGUUGUCGCCCAUCCCAAAUAUCCCCAUCCCACCGAUUGCCAAAAGUUCUAUGUCUGCCUGGGCGGCGUGGAUCCCAGAGAUUUGGGCUGCCAGCUGGGCGAGGUCUACAACGACGUGACUGAGAUGUGCGAUGCGCCCGAAAAUGUGCCCGGCUGCGAGGACUGGUACAAGGAUACCAGUGACGAUGACGACGGCACCAACAAGAAGCCUUCGUCCAGGAGCUGAGCUUCAACCCAUUCCCUGAUAUCAUAAAAAAAAAAAAAUACAAGAAGAAACAACAAAACAAAACAAAAUAC